GCAUCAGAUCAAAUCCGAAUUCGAACAUCGACCAACCCCAACUAACAUCUCUCUCUGUCUCUCUACUCUGUUUCUUCUUCUCUCUCAAAAUCCUCAUCUCACUCUUUUCUCGAUCUUUGGCUCUUCUUCUUUUUUCCCUCCAUUUCUGUCUCUCUCUUGCUUUCAUUGCCCAAUUCAGAUCUCUCUCUCUCUCUCUCUCUCUCUGACUUCCUUGUCUGAUUGCUUUAGAGCUUAUUAGGUUUCCGAUUCUUCUCCGUCGACAAAUUAGGGUUUUGAUUAUUUCAGCUUCUCCAAAGAGUGCUUUUGCAGCAACUGACACUCUCAACUUGAAUUGCCUUCUGAUCCCAUUUUUCAAAUAUUUUGCUAAAAUUAAGUUUCAUCUUAGUCGAUCUUCCCUAGGAUAUAUUUUUCUUAUAAAAAGAUUAGUUUUGAAUAUUUUCCCAUUUUUGGUUAGGCUGUAUUUUGGUUUGGGAUUUCGGGUGCUGAAAUGGCGGGUUCUGAGGGUCCAAACGCUUCUUCCCCGACUCAACAGCCGUCAAAGAAGUACGACACCACGAUAUUUCUUUCCGGGCCCACCCAGUCCGACCUUCAACGAAAUGCCGAACUCGAAAAGUUCUUGAUUGAUUCGAGGCUUUAUGAGAGCACAGACGAAGCUGCAAAGAGAGUAGAGGUUCUUGGCCGCAUUGAUCGGAUUGUGAAAGACUGGGUGAAGCAAUUGACAAGCCAAAGAGGCUACACAGAUCAGAUGGUGGAGGAUGCAAAUGCUGUCAUUUUUACUUUUGGGUCAUAUUGUCUCGGGGUUCAUGGGCCUGGAGCUGACAUAGACACUUUGUGUGUUGGGCCAUCGUAUGUGAAUCGAGAGGAAGAUUUUUUUAUUAUUUUGCAUGAUAUGCUGGCUGAAAUGGAAGAGGUUACUGAACUUCAACCAGUUCCUGAUGCUCAUGUACCCGUCAUGAAAUUCAAGCUCCGGGGAAUAUCAAUAGAUCUUUUGUAUGCAAGCAUAUCUCUUUUGGUUGUUCCAGAGGAUCUGGACAUCUCACAUGAAUCUGUGCUAUUUGAUGUCGAUGAGCAAACUGUUCGAAGUCUGAACGGCUGCAGGGUUGCAGAUCAAAUUCUUAAACUUGUCCCCAAUGUUGAGCAUUUCCGCACGACACUCAGAUGUUUGAAGUUUUGGGCUAAAAGGCGUGGUGUUUAUUCAAAUGUUACUGGAUUCCUGGGUGGUGUAAAUUGGGCUAUAUUAGUUGCUCGGAUAUGUCAGCUUUAUCCCAAUGCAAUUCCUAGCAUGUUGGUUUCUAGAUUUUUCAGAGUAUACACUCAGUGGCGUUGGCCAAAUCCUGUAACUUUAUGUUCAAUUGAAGAGAAUGAACUUGGUUUCCCUACAUGGGAUCCUCGUAAAAACCCUCGUGACCGCUUUCAUCACAUGCCAAUAAUAACUCCUGCGUAUCCUUGCAUGAACUCUAGUUACAAUGUCUCAAUAAGUACUCUACGAGUUAUGACAGAGCAGUUCCACCAUGGUAAUAGGAUAUGUGAGGAGAUUGAGCUGAACAAGACCCAGUGGAGCGCUCUCUUUGAACCUUAUCUUUUUUUUGAGGCAUACAAAAACUAUCUGCAGGUGGACAUAGUUGCAGCUGAUUCUGAUGAUUUGCUGGCGUGGAAGGGGUGGGUAGAAUCCCGGUUUAGACAGCUUACCCUAAAGGGAGAUGAGGAUGAAGAGGAGGAGAAGGGAGGAUGGGAUGCCGGAGAGUGA